UAUGAAGGCUCGACAUGAAUAUUUGAAUGAACAUAAAAGUUAUUCAGAAACUCUUCCAGAAUUGCGUACAUAUGGAUAGUUAAGAAUGCUAAAUAAUGCUUUAGCUUUGACAUUUACAGUUGCUUUUUGUGCAAAAGGUAUAUAUUUAUAUAUAAUUGAGCAUUUUCAAAAAAGAAAUUUACAAAACAUAUUCUUUAUAAUGUUAGUUUAGUUGCUUUUUUCCCAUUAAUUGCAGUUGUUGGUCAUUGGUAAGAUGAAUAGAGUAAAAUUGCAGAAAAAGUAUUGCACGAGUAAAUAAACUAAAAAUUUAAAGUUAAACCUGAAUGAAUU